AUGAACAAUUCAGACUAAUAAAAAGAAUAGAUCUUUAAACAGUUUAUUAAAAUUUACUCUAAUAGGUUUUAAUAAAAGGAAUUUCAGCAUACUUUAUUUAGUUCACAAAUAUUGAUUAUAAGUCAAGAAAUAAUAUAGUAAGAGUAAUUAUUGUAGACACAGAUUGUAAGUUUGGAUUAAAUCAAAGAAUAAAGAGAGUAAUUGCUUUAGAAACUAGAUUAAAGAGAAUCAGAGUUAUCAAGGAUAGAAAAGUUAAUAGAGAGUAAUAAUAAAAGAGAAUAAGAUUAACAUUAAUUUGAAGAUCUUUAGGAUGGAAUAUUGAUGUGCAAGGAGAAAUGUGUAAUGUUAUAAGAAGAGAAUCUUGAAUUUAAUAAGAUGACAGGUUCUUUGAGAUAGCAAAACGAUUAAUUAAAAAUUCGAUAUUCAUAAGUAAAAGGAUUAAUAUUAGAUUAAUAGGCUCGAUUGAAUUAUGAUAACAAUUUAUCUACAUUGAAUGAGUUGCAAUAAUAUGGCUUGAAUCUAAACUAUAGAAUUAUGAAAUAAAUAAAAAUAAUUAAAGAUUUAGGAUAAUUAAAUCAUUGUGGAAUAAAUUAAAAUAGAAAAUAAAAAUUAGAGAACUUUGUUAGUAAUUAUUCUUAAUUAGAGGAUACAUGUAUUACAUAAUUAAAUUUAUUUUGAGCACCUCGAAGAAUUGUACAAGAAUUUGGAAUUGUAAGAACAAAAUAUUGAUUCAGAAGUGGGAGAAUGUAUAUAAUAAUUAAUCUCUAUCAAACGAGAAUUAGCAUAAAUUAAUAUGAAGGAUUCUAGUUUGAAUUCACCUAGAUAAUAAGAUCUACAAAAAGUAGAUCCUAUAUUAACAUCAGGAGCAUUUAGAUUUAAAACACAUCAUAAUUUAGGAGAAAAAUAAAUUAGAUAAAGAUAGAUCUCAUAAUAGGAAGAUGAUCUUAGGGCUUUUUCUGAAUUAAAUGAAGAAGAUGAAGUUAAAUAAUCUUUUUCAGAUGAAGAUGAUAAACAUCCUGAAUAAAUAUCUCAUAAAUAACCUUGGUAUUUUAAAUCAGCAGUUCCUAUUAUAAGUAGUAAGAAUUCAGAGAAGAAAUGGGAAAAUUAUAGUGAAAAAAAGAAACAUCUUAAAAAUAAAUAUUCAUUUGCAUCUGCUUCAUCAGAUUCAAGUUUCAAUAGAAUGGGUGUAAUGACAUUGAAAGAUGAAUUUCAAAGUCUAUAUCAAUAAUAAUAAGUAGAUGAAGAUAUCAAAGAAAAAGAUACUGAAAUGAAUGAUAGUGAUGAAAUACCUUAAUUAAUUUAAUAAUAAUCAAUACUUUAAGAUUCUACUAUUAUUAUUAAUAGGAAAUCAUAAUAAUUAAGUAAAUCAAAAGUAUAAAUUGAAACCAUUGAACAACCUGUUAAAUCUGACUCUUAUAAAAAUUUAAAAAUAGCAGGUGUCUUAUUGGCUACAUGUGGAAUUGCAGGAUGGUUAUAUAAAAAGUAUUUUUGA